UCAGGAGCUCCUGCCAUGGGGUGGCACCGUCAAUGUGCAGGUACCGGUGCCCAGGAGUUUCCGGACUUCAAGCUACAUCAGCCCCAGGGCAAUGUGUCAGUGACAGCGGGGGAGACGCUCACCCUGACCUGCACCAUAUCUGGAGAUGGUCCCAUUGGUCCUGUGAAGUGGCUGAAGGGCUGGGGCAGUGAGAAUGAGACCUUUUAUGAGCAGACGGGCACGUUCCCCCGUGUGACGAGGGCAGCAGCUGGGUCCGGCACAGACUUCACCAUCCUCAUCAGGGACGUUCGCCUCGAGGAUGCCGGCACCUAUUACUGCGUGAAGUACCAGAAGUCUGUGCAUGGUGUUUCGGUGUUUAAGCGUGGAGAGGGCACUGAGGUGUCCGUGUACGCCAAACCCAGCAGGCCGGUCGUGUCCGGGCCAUGGAACAGAGCAGGGCCGGGGCAAUCGGUGCCUUUCACGUGCACGGCCGGAGGGUUCUUCCCCAGAGAAAUCGCUGUGAAGUGGCUGAAGGACGGGGCCCAGAUCUCGGCUCAGCAGCCCCAGGUCACCCCCGGGCGGACGAAAUCCUCCUACGACGCGUCCAGCACCGUGUCGGUGACGCUGCAGGAGGGCGACGUCCGCUCGCAGCUGCAGUGCGAGGUUCAUCACCGCACGCUGCCGGCCCCGCUGCGGAGCAGCUUCCAGCUCAGCCGAGCCCUGCGAGUGCCCCCCAGCGUGCAGGUGGUGGCUGAGCCGCCGAGCCCCGUGGAGGUGAACAAGACGGUGAACUUGACGUGCCUCGUGAAGGGGUUUUACCCGGGAGACGUGGCCGUCGCCUGGCUGGAGAACGGGACGGAGAUGAGCGCGGAGAGCCCCCCCCCGCCGGCGGAGACCCCGCGGGGCUUGUUCGAGCUGCGCAGCCUGGUGGAGGUGCAAGCGACGGAGGAGAAGAACGGGUCCGUGUUCACCUGCCGCGUGGUGCACGACGCCCAGGGCCCCGUCAGCGGGACGAGCACCCUGCGGAUCGCUGCCCCGGCCAAGGGCGGGCUGAGCGACCGGUCCCAGACUGAUAACGACAAUUUGGUCCUGAUUUACAUCGUGGUGGGGGUGGUCUGCACCUUGCUGGCGCUGCUGGUGGCUGCAAUUCUUUACCUCAUCCGGGCAAAGCAGAGCAAAGGUAAAAGCUCACCAUCAGCUAGGUUACAUGAGCCGGAAAAGAGCAGCGAGGCCAAUACCCAGGAAUCCGACCCCAACAACCUGACCUACGCGGACCUGAACUUCGACAAAGAGAGGAAAACCAUCCGCCGCAUGGUGGAGGUGAGCCAGCAGUCGGAGUACGCCUGCAUCCAGAGCAGCCGGGCGCCCAACGGCGAUGACAACCUCACCUAUGCCGACCUGGACAUGGUGCACCUCAGCAAGGCACCCCCGCGGCCGGCCCCGCGCCCCGAAGAGGCCGGCUCUGAGUACGCCAGCGUCCAGAUCCCGAGGAAGUGAGCAGGGCUGCAGCGGGACCCCCGCGUCACGGGGAGCCAGCCUGCCCCUGCCCGGGAGGAUGUUCUUGGGAGCACCGAGAGCGAUGUGAAGAUGCGCUGCGGUACCCGCGUUUUGGGAUGGAAAUGGAGCCCCCCGCACUGUGGGGGUUGGCUCCCAUCCGCAGAGACCUGAUUUGGGGGGGGCGGCUUUGUCCCGGGGCUGCCGGCUCCAUCCCUUGGGGAUCCCCCCCCGUAGCCAUGGGGACUGCUCAGCCUCGGAGUGCCGGGAUUGCCCGUGAGCGGGUUAAUCCAGCAGAGCAGCGACAGUGCCUCCACGCCGGCUCCCAUGGGAAUGCCACUGCCGCCCUGACCCCGCAGGGAUGGGCUGGAGCCCCUGCACUGCCUUCUUGGGCUCUGCUGCCUGGAAACCAAACUGGCUUUAAAGGAAGGACCGGAGCGUCCGCAUCUCUCUUCCCAAGUGUCCCUUCUGCGGGCCAAUGAUGCUGGGAAGGCCGGCGAGCCGAGCCCCCCCCCCCCCCCAAGGCUUCUGCCCAUCCUGCCGCCCAGGGAGGCUCCAGGUACGCCCCCUCCCCGGCACAGAGCAUCCUUUUCAUCACCCUCUACACAGCCUUGCCCUGCCCCGGCACCCACCAGCGCUGCCCCAGGCUUGUACAACGCGUGCAGCUCGUCCUCGGCCGGUGCCCCCCCCAGCCCGGCUCCCUCCCCGCAGGUACCGUGUAACAUGUUUUGACUGUUCGCCAUGUAACUGUUAAUUUCUCGAGCUAAACCCCAAUGUUCCAUGCUGUACGUGGGUGUUCUGCUGUGUACUUAACACUAGAAUUAAGAUGUGCAAAACGAAGA